GCAGCCAUCUUUGACACUGAUCCGUUGCCAGCGUCUUUGCACGGCAUAGGACGCCCCGUCUGGCCUCAGCUUCACCUGCCCGGGUUCGGUAAACGGCGGCGCGCCCUGCAGCACACGGUACACGGGUGGAUGAGAGACAGCCUCGCGGGUCGUUUGGCACCCACUGGACACUUUCGAGGCGUUUGGCCCCGCCGGAGCGAAGCGGUACAGGUCACGGAGCAGACAUGGCUUUGAAGAUUGUCAAAGGGAGCAUCGAUCGGAUGUUCGAUAAAAACCUCCAGGAUUUAGUACGUGGCAUCAGGAAUCACAAGGAGGAUGAGGCCAAGUACAUCUCCACGUGCAUCGAUGAGAUCAAACAGGAACUCAAGCAGGACAACAUUGCUGUCAAAGCCAAUGCUGUGUGCAAGCUCACCUAUCUUCAGAUGCUGGGAUAUGAUGUCAGCUGGGCUGCGUUCAACAUUGUGGAAGUUAUGAGUUCCUCCAAAUUCACAUACAAGAGGAUUGGCUACCUGGCAGCCUCGCAGUGCUUCCAUGAGAGCACAGAUGUAAUCAUGCUGACAACCAAUCAAAUUCGAAAGGAUCUCAGCAGCCCGAACCAGUAUGACACAGGUGUUGCCCUCACAGGGCUCUCUUGUUUUGUGACCCCUGACCUUGCUCGGGACUUGGCCAAUGACAUCAUGACUCUGAUGUCCCACACAAAACCUUACAUUCGAAAGAAGGCGGUGCUGAUCAUGUACAAGGUGUUUCUGAAGUAUCCAGAGUCCCUUCGCCCUGCCUUUCCCAGGCUCAAAGAGAAGCUGGAGGACCCAGACCCAGGCGUCCAGUCAGCAGCAGUAAAUGUUAUUUGUGAACUGGCCCGGAGGAAUCCCAAAAACUACUUGUCCCUCGCCCCACUCUUUUUCAAGCUGAUGACCUCCUCUACUAAUAACUGGGUUCUCAUCAAGAUCAUCAAGCUGUUUGGUGCUCUCACACCUCUGGAGCCACGGUUGGGGAAGAAACUGAUUGAACCUCUGACAAACCUGAUCCACAGUACCUCUGCCAUGUCUCUGCUGUAUGAAUGUGUCAACACUGUAAUUGCAGUGUUGAUUUCUUUGUCCUCUGGGAUGCCGAACCACAGUGCUAGCAUCCAGCUCUGUGUGCAGAAACUGCGAAUCCUGAUUGAAGACUCGGACCAGAACUUGAAGUACUUGGGCCUGCUGGCCAUGUCAAAGAUCCUCAAGACCCAUCCCAAGUCAGUGCAGUCGCACAAGGACCUCAUCCUCCAGUGUCUGGAUGACAAGGAUGAGUCCAUUCGUCUGAGAGCGUUGGACUUGCUCUAUGGAAUGGUAUCCAAGAAGAACUUGAUGGAGAUCGUGAAGAAGCUGAUGCUCCAUGUGGACAAAGCUGAAGGAACCACUUACAGAGAUGAACUGCUCACCAAAAUCAUCGACAUCUGCAGCCAGAGCAACUACCAGUACAUAACCAACUUCGAAUGGUACAUUAGCAUACUGGUGGAGCUGACCCGAUUAGAGGGCACACGCCAUGGUCACCUCAUUGCCUCUCAGAUGCUGGAUGUGGCCAUUAGGGUCAAAGCCAUCAGGGUCUUUGCUGUUGCCCAGAUGGCUACUCUGUUGGACAACGCCCACCUGCUGACAGGCAACAUGCAACGAAAUGGCAUUUGCGAAGUGUUGUAUGCGGCAGCCUGGAUCUGUGGCGAGUUCUCGGAGCACCUAGAGAACCCGAUGCAAACGUUGGAGGCCAUGCUGCGGCCCAAAGUGGCCACCCUGCCCGGCCAUAUCCAGGCCGUGUACGUCCAAAAUGCAGCUAAGCUGUUUGCCACUGUGCUGAAGAGCCAGGAGGGCAACACGGACAGCACAGCUGCGCAGGAGACUAGUCAGCUGAUGAUAGACAGGCUGCCACUGUUUGUCCAGAGCGCCAACCUGGAGGUCCAAGAGAGGGCGUCUUGCAUCCUGCAGUUGGUUAAGUACAUCCAGAAACUGCAGCAGAAGGAUGUAGAAGUAGCGGAAGAAGUUAGUGCUCUGUUUGCAGGUGAACUCAACCCAGUCGCUCCCAAGGCACAGAAGAAAGUACCCGUUCCCGAAGGCCUGGACCUGGAUGCUUGGAUCAAUGAGCCUCCAUCCGAAAGCGAGUCUGAGGAUGAGCAACCCAAGGCUAUUUUUGCUAAGGAGGAGCCCAAGCAUUCUCGACCCCGUCACACAGAAGUGGAUGAGAAAGAGCUUGCAAGGAGAAGAGAAGCCAGAAAGCAGGAGCAAGCCAAUAACCCAUUCUACAUCAAGGCCUCCCCGUCCUCUCAGAAGGUGUACCAGGAUACUCCUGGAGUGGAGCACAUCCCUGUCGUUCAGAUUGACCUCAGUGUGCCUCUCAAAGUCCCAGGUCUGCCUAUGUCUGACCAGUAUGUCAAGCUUGAGGAGGAGCGUCGGCAGAAAGAGCGAGCAGAAAAAAAGAAGAAGGAGAAGAAGAAGAGGAAAGAGAAGCGCAGUGGACGAGGCAAAAAGCAUGACUCAGGCCCUGAGAGUGAGGAGGACAUCACACCUGCACACAUGGUUGACAUUGUUACAGAGGAGAUGCCAGAGAAUGCCUUACCCAGUGAUGAUGAUGACAAAGACCCCAAUGAUCCUCACAAAGCCCUGGAUAUUGACCUGGACAAUUUGGUGGAAUCGGCUGGGCGCAGGCCACUUGCAGACAGCGAGAAGCUGCCUGUCAGGUCACAUCGUGCAGCAGAGGCUUUAAAAAGCCCAGUGGAAGAUGGAGAGACGGAGAACGCUGCCUCCCACGAGCCUAAGAAGAAAAGUAGCAAAGAAAAGAGGGAGAAGAAGAAGGAUAAAGACAGGGAUAGAAAGAAGAGCAAAGAAGAGAAGAAGAAGAAGAAACACAAACAGGAAGAAAAAGAGGAGGAUCUCCUCGGGGGCCAGGCCGAAGAGCCUGUGGUCCAGGCAGAAGAAAACAGUGAAGUGGCAGCACCGCCCGCCUCCACCAGUGCUGAGGUUUCGGACCUGGAUUUCUGGCUCUCAAACGCUGCAGUGCCCUCUAACACCCAGGAAGUAGCAACAGUAGCAGCAGCAGAAGCAGCCCCGGUGCCUGAAGUAACCUCUGGCACAGUGCAAGACUCCGAUCCCGACGAACCCAAAGACACUGAAAUGGAAGAGACCAAGUCCUCCAAACACAAGAAGAAGAAGCAGAAAAAGGAGAAGGAAGAGAAGGAGAAGAAAAAGAAGAAGAAGCAUCAUCACCGUCACCACCACAGCGAUGGCGGUGGAGAGGAAUCAGUGCAGAAUGGCACCGUUGAGGAUGAAGAGCCUCUUCCGCCCAUGUCUAAUUACUGCCUGCUAGCGGAGAACUCUUACAUCAAGAUGAUGAUGGAAGAUGCUGAUCAGGUAUAUGACAUCCAGGGGAACCUGCAGGAUGGCAGUCAGGUGGUGGUGUCUGUAAUAUUUGAAAACAAGUGUGAGAGCUUCUUAAAAUCCAUGGAGUUCAACGUCCUGGACUCACUCAACUCCAAGCUGCAAAGACCCGAAGGAUCAGGCCCACACGAUGGCCUCACUGUACCCUUCCAGCUGCCUCCUGGAGUGUCCAAUGAGGCGCGAUUUGUCUUCACUGUGCAGAGCAUCGUAAUGCCCCAGAAACUGAAGGGAACCCUUACUUUCAUAGUCAAGAACGAGGACUCCUCCACCCACGAGAAACUGGACUUCAAACUGCACUUUACCUGCACCUCCUACCUAAUCACUACUCCGUGCUACAGUGAUGCUUUUGCAAAGCUGCUGGAGUCUGGAGACCUGAAAGGCAGCUCUGUCCGACUGGAGGGAGUUAAUAUGCCCUUCCACCAUCUACUGGCCAGGAUCUGCUUCCACCAUCACUUCUCUGUUGUGGAGAGGAUCGACUCCUGUGCCUCAAUGUACAGCAGGUCAAUCCAGGGUCACCAUGUCUGUCUGCUGGUCAAAACUUCCGGUCAGACGGUGUCCAUUGACGCUAAAUGUGACGAGCCGACGCUGCUUGGGAAUGUGCUGGACGAGAUCAAGCAGACCUUCUCUCAGUGCUGAUUGUGUCUGAAAGCCCCCAUGAUACCCCUGAUCCCUCCAAGCCACCCCUCCUCUUUCAUUGAAACACACCAUAAUCGUGUUACAAAACACUGCGGCUGGCAUUCCCAGUAUCGCCCUAUUUAUUAGUCCUGAGAUUCGCAACAUUUCUUUCCUUAUCUUUUACUACAGUGACUUACACUUCGCUGUUCCUCUGCACUCUGAGCUCUGUGGUUCACCCUUUCAUAGUCACUGUUUUUCAGAUUCGUUGUGCACACACGCUUGUCUUCUCUGCAUCGCACUUUGAUUUUCACCUGCCGGUUCUCAUCGAGACCCUCUGACUCUGUACUGAGCUGCUGUUUCUGGAUGCCUGGCAUCCUCUUCUCUGUGUACCUCCCCCCACCCUUCUUCAGUCUGAUAGUCAUGUAUUGUAAUGUUGACAACUGGACUUUUUGCUCUUGAUGGUUGAAUUGUAUUUUUACGGUUUUUGAAGUUUAAUGUUUUCUUCCUUGGUUUGUUUUUGUCUGUUUUUUUUUUUUUUUCUUAUUCCAUUCUUUGGUCUGAAGCCUGCGUGCGCCUUUUGUCUCACUCCCUUCUUUCCGCUCACUCAACAUCAGUGUUUGGUUCUUUUGUCUUCAUAGGCCUGAAAAUCCAUACAAGUAACCCUUCCUAGAUUGGUUCCAGCUUUAAAAAUAGGCGCUCUAACCUGCUCAUGCACCGCUGACCUGGUGCCUGGAGAAGACCAGACACUGACUCGCGACAGUGACAGUGGAGCUGAGAUUAAACCAAAGCUACACAGGCAUUGGGGUUCAGAAAAUUUACUUGCCUUUUGGGCAGGCUCAGAGCAGAUCUGCCGCUG